AUGAAGUGUUUAUUAAUCAAUAUUCUUGUUUUUGUAAUUGCUGUUAAUUCGGAUACAACAAGUAAACCUUUGUUUCUACCACAAUUACCGGUUGGUGAAUACAAAAUAAAUGUCUUAGCGUUGUUACGUUGUGGAUCAUCGAAUGACCGAUUUAAAUUUAAUUAUUAUCUAAGCAAAUUGUCUAUCAAUACCACAGAACUCAAAGGAAACGUAACCUAUUAUGAACCACUUGAUGAUUCUUAUACAGUCGAGGCCAAUUUGGCGGUAAAAGAUUCUGUUGGAGGUUGGAAGGAUAAUGCUCAUAUUUUUAAGACACCUAAAGCUUGCUCGUCACUCAAAACGUUGGCGGGAAAAUUUUGGACUCCAAUAACGGAAAAGUUAGGAAUGCACAAUGUAAAAAAUUGUCCUAUUCCCGCAGGUUGUUAUGUAACAUCCGGCGUGAAGCAUGAUAAUGACUUUUUUGGCAAUUUACCCAAGCAAUUUUUUUAUGGAACGUACAAAUUUCGUUUUCAAUUGACCAAAAACAAGGUAGUUUAUGGCUGUGCAGUUUCUGUUGUAGAGGUGAAGCGGCCUUGGGAAAAUGAUUAA